AGUGAUAAAUCACUGGUAGUGUACAGUCUUGGAAAUUUGCAAGUGACACUGACUUGAGCUGAAGAUGGCUAUGUCAGAAGGUGACUGGGAUGUGGUGCUGAAGGUGUGGGCUAAGGUUGAAUCGGACCCGGCAGGCGUCGGCCAAGCUGUUCUACUUCGUCUUUUUGAAGAUCAUAGAGACGCUCAAGAACAUUUCCCGAAGUUCAAGAACCUCUCUCGCGCUGAGCUACAGAACUGUCCCGGUGUCAGGACUCACGGUGAAGCUGUCGUCAACAGGCUGACGGAGGUGUUCAAGUUGAGGGGAGGACAUGCCGCCAUCGUGAAGAAGAUGGCCGGGGAUCACUCCAAAACGCUCAAGAUCCCACUCCAGUACUUUGAGCUGAUCUCUGAAGUCAUUAUGAAAGUGAUGGUUGAGAAAAUACCCGACCUUGGGCCAGAUGUCCAAGCAGCAGUCAGGAAAGCUCUGAAGGUUUUCACCAAUGACAUUAGCAGCUUUUAUUAAUAAUGCUCAUCGACCAGAUAGACAAUCUGAUGUCGACUUCAAGAGGAGCUUUAGAAAGUGAAGCUACAUGGUUUUUCAUUGUCACGGUUACUCUAUUUUUAUGAUCGUAAAUUCUUCUAGAUGCAGAGAUAGAUAAGGGGAAGUGAAAAGGGGGAGAAAACAUCUAUCUUGUUAUACAUAGGCUGAAACCCGCAGAGUGUCUCCUCAUCUCCAUUACUUAGAAUUUGAACCUUUGGGUAUAUAAAUAAAGGGCUCUAAUAGUUCUUCAUUUGCUUGCUACAACAUUGUAACCUUUCUUUCCCCUGACAGCAUUUAACAUGUAGUAACUACUGUAUGUUUUGUAUUGAUUUUCUUUUACUUGGAGUAACCUUUUAUGAAAUCCAUUAAAUAAAAACUCUUUGUUACAUGGCA